AUGAUGGGGAUGGAUGUUUGUGUUUGUGGAAGACUUGCCGAAGAUGAAAAGAGGGAGAAGGUAGAUUCUAUACCAUUUUAUGAUGAUGAAAAAGAUGGUUAUUUGUAUGACCGAAAAGAAGAUCGGCGGCAAGAGAAGAGUGGGGGAAGAGGGAAGGAGAACCCGACAAAGAAAACGGGUGGCCAAGGGAAAGAGUCAGCGGCUGCUAGAGAAGAAAAACAAUGGAUGAAACGCAAAAGCAUGCAGCAGCCGAAGAAGCUGCAGUCCAAGAAAUCUGCAAAAGAGCUAACGAUCAUAUCAGAUUCAAUGGAUUUCACUUUUGACGCUUCCGCUACUGCCAAGGUCGACCACCGGUAUUCAAUCGGAGGUGAAUUUUGCAGAAUCACGGCGUUGGAAUCAUUGGAGUAUAUUUUCAUUCUUCCUGACGGCAACAUCAGAGCUCCCAGAGAUUAUCACGGUGAAGAUGAUGCGGAUGAGUGGCUGACUACAACUAUUUUUGUUCCUGAUUACAAGUUCCGGAGGAGGAUAGUGUUGAUUGGGUGCAGCAGUGGCUAUUCGGAGUCGCUCAAGAUUAGAAUCAAUCAAUUAGGGGAAUUGGUGACGGCUCCUUCUGAACAUUAUUUCUCGGAUGUGGAGGAGAAUUCUGAGACAUCAUCGCCAUUGGCAGUUUUAGUUGAAGAGAAGCCAGAGAUGACGAUGUUUCGAGGAAAAAACCCUAAGAGUUGGAUUCUAAACUGUAAAAAUUACUUCUCUGCUCGUGAGAUCUUGGAAAGUUGGAGAUUCUUCCUCGUCGAGUUUCAUCUUGACAGUGCAGCAGUGAUUUGGUACCGAGAGUAUAAACUAGCUAAAGGAUCACUCAUUUGGAGUGAUUGGGAUGAAUUUAGUGAAGCUUUCAUUGAACGCUUCGAUAAUCAGGAACUCAAUCAUUCCCUACUUCAUCUUCGGAACAAUCACCAGCUAUUCUUUCAGAUUUUACAGAACAGGAAAAUUUUAGUUGAGGAGUCUAUUGAUAAUUCUGAGGUUUUUGAUGCUGUUAAUUGUGAAAAGGAUGACUUUAGGGCGAAGAUGUUUUGUGAUGAAUUUGUUCCUUUGAGUACUGUGGUCGAUAUAUUGGUUGUUAGGGAAAAUAUGCAUUCCAGUGCUGUAGUAGUUUCUUCUGCCAACCAAAAAAUGGUGAUACAAAUGGUUAAGUGUUCAUUUGAUGCUGACACAAGUGGGCACUCUGUUGAUAAGACUGAAUUGGAGAAGUGGUUAUUCGUUAUUGAUCAUGGUGGACUCAAAGGAACUUUGUGCAAUGAUGAUUCUCCCAUUGUUACUAAUGAGUUUCUUAGAAUUAAGCAUUCACUUGUUGUUGACAAAGUUGGGCACUCAGUUGAUAAGAAGAAACUAGAGAAGUGGGUGUUCCUAUUUGAUCUGGGAGAACUCCAAUGUGAAGUGACUGUGAUUGAUCAAUUGUUUGGGGGUAUUCUUUUUCUGCACAAUGAGGACAAGGUUGCUUUCAAGAGAGAAGGAAGAAUGGAAUUGUGGAUCAACAGGUCAUUAGUUACCUGUAACGAAUGUGGAGGUGCUAUAAUGGUGUUGGAAAGGACUAGUAAAAGGCAUGUUUCUGGGGGUGCAGUAGUUACUUGUUUCAGAGGAAGUAUUAUUGUUGAAGGAACUGGCAAAGUUUUUCAACAUGCCGGCUUACUAUUUGUUGUAGCUUAUUGGUUUGCCUUGGAAAAUGCUAGGGUAGCUACUAAACUAGGGAAGGAAGCAACAUUUGAAAGUUUUUGGAAGUUGUUAAAUGGUUUAGGUACUAAGCUCGCUGGGAGUGAUUCGGAUGCAGGGAAUGUUGUUAGCACAUUCCACCUGAUAGUUAUGAUGUUACCUGACGAAAACCUAAAUAGUUUGGUGCUUGGGAGUGAAUUUGUGAGAGACUCAAUUGUGCUAAUCAUGCCGGAUUUGUGUUCAGUGUUAUUCAGUUUUCUCUGUUUAUGGCAUAUCUUUGAAGACAAAUACAUUUUGAGUGGGAGGGGAUCUGUCCACAUUCAGCAGUUGCAGAGAAUGCAAGUUGUGGUGAACUUUAUCAAAAAUCAAAUGGGGCUGCCAGUUCAAGUAAGUCCGAUUAACAUUUCAACUAUUUGGAAUUCUGUAGCAAAUGGAGAAGAGUCACUUGAGGGCUGUUUUCGAAAAUGGUACCAAGUUGUAAAACUGUUAAUAUCAGGUUGUUUUGGAGACCUUUUACUGAGGAUGGAUAACUCUAAAAGCACCAGAUUUCUUAUUAACGUCAAAUCACCUAUUACACUGGCGAUGACUUUAAAAUCUUGGAUUGUGGUGGCAACAUCCUUCAAAGGGGGGACUCAUUUCUAUGUUGGGGUAGCUGGUUCCUAUGAGAGUGAGUUUAAUGCCAACAAAACCAAGGAUCAAUUCUACCUGGAAAGUUCCUAUUAG